CAUGAGGUCAAAACAGAAUCUACUUCCUGCUUCGAACGCCGUAUCGAGUUUCUGUCAGUAUGUAACCAUACCAGUGGACAUCUUCCCGAUUGAAUCGGACCUAAAUUGAGAGGACUCACCCACCAUGGAGAUCAGCCUGCAACAAUGGCCAGGUUGAAACAUUGAAAGAACCAAUAUGGCUCCAGACAGACACGUGUGGCACUGACUGGUGACACCCAGACAGGGACUACAAGCAGGAUUGCUGACACCUGCUAUUCUUGUGUAACCUUAACCUAAUUAAGUUACCUGUGACCUAUUUGCACGCCCUGAAGCUGAUCGCUCACAAACCAGUAUGGGUUGUUUACAGUCCACACCUAAAAAAGACUUUGAUGACCCCUCUAGCAUUGGAGAUGGAAAAAAAGGGGUGGAUAAUCUGGACAAGCAGAAUGACAAAGGGAAAAAGAAAGUUCGGAACAGCUAUGAUAAGGACCCCACCAGCCUCCGAGUAAACACAUCAGCAUUCAGUGCCACAGCGAAGCUGUUGAAUGCGCUGUACGAUUAUGAGGCCCGCUCUAAUGAUGACCUGUCCUUCAGGAAAGGGGACCAGAUGGAGCUGCUUGAUGACAGUGAUGGAGACUGGUGGCUGGCCAAACAUGAGAACGGCCAGGAGGGUUACGUACCAAGCAACUAUGUGGCCAUGGAAAAUACACUGGAGUCUCAAGAAUGGUUCUUCGGGAAGAUCACGAGGAAGGAAACAGAGCGUCAGCUUCUUCUACCUGGGUUCCGCCCUGGAACCUUCCUCAUCCGAGAGAGCGAAACAUGCCCAGGUGCGUAUGUGUUGUCCGUGCGAGACUAUGACCAGACGAAGGGGGACUGCGUGAAGCACUACAAGGUGCGCAACUUGGACAACGGGGGCUGCUACAUCACACCAAGGAAGACGUUCACAAACCUGAUAGAGAUCGUCAACCACUACCAUGAUAACUCGGAUGGAUUGUGCCAGAAACUCACAGACUCAUGUCCAAAACCAAAGCCUGUGAUGGAGGAUUUGUCCCGGGAAACCAAAGACACCUGGGAAAUCCCUCGUGAAACUUUAAAACUUGAGAAGCGUCUUGGUGCUGGUCAGUUUGGAGAAGUAUGGAAAGGUAAAUGGAUGAACUCCACCGAUGUUGCCAUCAAGACCUUGAAGGUAGGAACAAUGACAUCAGAAGCUUUCCUGGCUGAGGCGGCCAUCAUGAAGAUGUGCAAGCAUGACAAACUGGUGCGCCUGUACGCUGUAUGCACAAAAGAAGAGCCCAUCUAUAUUGUCACUGAGCUGAUGAGCAACGGCGCUCUGUUGGAGUACCUUCGAGAAGGUGCUGGCAAAUCCAUGGAUACCAUGCAUCUGAUUGACAUGGCAGCACAGAUUGCCAAUGGUAUGGCGUUCCUGGAAAAGAUGAAAUUCAUUCAUCGAGAUCUGGCUGCCAGAAACAUCCUUGUGGGAGACAACAACAUCUGCAAGGUGGCUGACUUUGGCCUGGCCAAGGUCAUUGAGGAUGAUGAGUACAAUCCAAAACAAGGAGCUAAAUUCCCCAUCAAGUGGACAGCCCCAGAAGCAGCCCUGUACGGCAAGUUCACCAUCAAGUCAGAUGUGUGGUCAUAUGGUAUAUUACUGAUGGAACUCGUUACACGAGGACAGGUCCCUUACCCCGGUAUGAGUAACCGGGAUGUCCUGGACCAGGUGGACAAGGGUUACCGGAUGCCACGGCCACGCCAAUGUCCUGAAGGAGCUUACGACACCAUGUUGAAGUGCUGGGACAAGAGGGCCGACAACAGACCCACAUUCGAGUAUCUCUUCACAUACUUCGAUGAUUUCUUUAUCUCAUCGGAGGGAAGUUAUAAGGAGACGGAUUAAAGAUACAUCCUCUAGGAUAUCUGCUUUUCAACUAUUAGUGCUUUGUUUAUGUUAAAACGAAAACUGGCCCAGGAGACAUUGUUUUGUCGUGCCAUACAUCAAAGAUGCUAGUGUUUUCAACAAAGCACAGUUUGUUUUUUAUCCCAUUACUGUAACAGUAAAUGUGGGAUCUUUUGCAAUAAAAUCAUUCAAAAAAAUUCCUGUACAGAAAGAGACUUGAUAUAUAAGUUUUGUCUUUACUAACAGGACAAGUGAAGUAACAUAUUGCAUUUUGCAAAUUUCCUGUAACUUACAAUCAUGCCAAUCCCUGGGUUAAUAAUGUGUCAAGACAUUCUAAAGCUAUUUAUAUACAAAUUAGAAUAUUUUUUAUGGGAUUGAGGCUGUGCGAUUAUGUCUUCCUGUCACAACAUAAAUAUUUGUCUCUAAAUCUUGCCAUGGACGAGUUUUGUACCACAGUUGUCUCAAAGUUGGUUUGUAUUCACCGCAUGAACAAACUCUUGGAACAUUAUUUUUGGCUUGUGAAUUUUGUUUUGCAAAUGUCAGUUUUGUCAUGUUAGAAAGUUGACAUUAAGAUCACAGGUCAAGAUCCACUGGGCACAUGUGCCAUGCCUGUAACACUGUAACUGGGAGAAGAUUAUGUUUAGAAGAUAUGUCCUGAACAUUUUAUAUAAUAUUAUUUAUCAACAUUUUGUAUGCAGAAAACAGAAGAUAUUUUUACAAGAAAUGUGUAUAAACCUUUUAUGGAGAUCAAAGAUAUCAAAUGUUGACUAUAGACAUGAGGUUAAGAUUGUUUAUUUACUGUUGUACAAUGUAUAUUUCGAGUGUAUUUGGUAAGACUAAAAUAUUUUAGUUCAUGUUGCAACAUACUUGAUAUUUUUUGUUGAUUUAUCAUGUUUAUGUUUACACCUGCUUAAUGUAUACAAACAAAUCAACUCUCCUAGCUUGUAUGAACUUCUCACCUGUUUUCUCAGAAUUGUUUUCUGCUUUGAAGGUAUUACCACAAGCUUUCAAUAAUUUGUGCAAUUCAUUGUCUGUUGAGCUUGGAUACUAGGGGAUGACUAAUUCUUCAAAUUAUUAUUUGACAGUUUCUUUUUGUUUUGUUUAAAAUCUCAUUUCAGGCAGGCUCUUGAUGAGAUUCGAACAUUUUGAUAAAGCUGUCUAUCUGACAGUGAAUGUUGCAAAUUGCAGCCUAAAACAGCAUUAACUCAUUCCAUGAGUGAAAGAAGGCAUGUAAUUGUUGUUUCCCUGUCUAUGUGAUGAAUAACACCAACCCUCAGUUCAUCUUCAGCAAAAUGCAUCUCUGACUCACCAUUAAGUGGAUUUUUAUAAGGGAAAAGGGAGAUAACUUCCAAAAAUCACAAAAUGCACGCCAAUAAAAAUUACACAAAAUGUCUUUGAGACUGGGAUAG